AGGCACAUAGGGAUCCUAGCGUCAAUGCCGAUAGUACGUACCUGAACAACGUGGGGCAGAUUUUGUACUAAACGAACGACGACCAUCAAUCAACCCUUCUGGAAACGUACACGUCGUAAACUGUAUACCGCAGCUUCCAAGACAACAGCUUCAAGACAAGCACCCAGCACGAUACCUGGUAUCUGGCCGCAUUGAGACUGAUCUACACGACCCUCAACCUUCCCCCCCACCAGAAAUCAUACCGGAAGUAGCAGAUACAGGCCCACCAACGGAUGGUAGCUGGCAGCGAUAGGAUCGAAUAAGCAUGUCAUUCUUUGGCUUUGACUCGGCCCUUCCAAGGGACCGCGAUCAGGGCGCGAAAGCUCCAGGAUUUGGACAAACACCCGAUCCAUUCGCAGGCCUGUCGUACGCGGGUGCCGACGACGACGACGCACUUGACUUCGAAGAUACCUACGAUGGCCUUGGGGACCAGCUAGACGAGACCGACGAUGUCUUCAACGACGACACCUUCGGUGGCGAAGAUACCACGGCCAAGAAAGCCGUUGGAAAAGACUUCGACUUCUUCGGCCAGACAGCAAAGGUGUCAAACGCGAUCAGUGAGGAGCAGAUGCGCUUCACUCGCCAGCAGCCUGCGUCCAGACAUACAGCUGCCGUGACAACUGCACAGUCAUCCCACACGUACACUCAACCAGCAAGAAGCGGCUACGAAAAAUACAAGGACCUCGACUAUGUUCCCGAUCUGCAGGCUGAUGCCGACCUUUGGGGCACCAGCUCGAAGACAGUACCUGCUGCACAAGCUUUGCCUUCGCAACCGCCAGCUGCAUCGGCUGCUCGCAAAAUGAUGAGCGUGGAAGAGGUCGAAGCCGCAAUGCGAGCGCAAGCCAAGAAACCGACCGCACCUGCUCCGCAGCAACAACAGCAGCCCCAGCACCCUGAUGCGCAGUUCGCACAGGGCCAGUUCCAGCACCAGCAACAAUAUCAGCAGUACCCAGAGCCUCAGCAGUUUCCCCAGCAUGUUCAGCAAUUCCCCCAACAUGCCGGCCAGCAAAUGCAAGGGCCACCACGCCCUAUGAAUGGCCAGUACUAUGAACCUCAGGACAGACAACCCCAACAAAUUCACGCACACCAGCCUGUCCAGAUCCUGCAUAGAACUCAGGCGCCAUCGGCCCAGGCAGUCACCGCCACAUCGCAAGCGCAAGCUCCGCCGAUUCAGAUCCUCCAGAACCCGAACCGCCUUUCUGGUGAACAACAGCGACAAGCUCAAGCUCAAUCAGCUGGACGACCAGGACAAGGCCCGAGCCCAGGACCACCUAGCGGACCCGGCCAUCGCCACAACAACUCUGGUAUCAUUACGCACCCGCAUCAAUUAUCUCACCUUAAUGAGGAGGAGCGUGCGGCUUACUUGAUGGAAGACGCGAAACGUGCGAAGCGCAACCACAAGAUUUUCCUUUUGUCCAAGGACAAUGGUCUCAUGACUCCACAGGACAAGAAUUUCAUCACCAGAAUCCAAUUGCAACAGCUCGUCACUGCCACUGGUAACCCCAACGAGCAGGGCACCGACAACUCCCUAUCUGAAGAUUUCUAUUACCAAGUUCACAACCAAAUCCGUGGAGGACCCAGGCAGCACCCUAACCAGCCUCUGACCAACUUUGCUCAGACUUACCUCUUCCAGACCGGUGGCAGACAUGGUGGCAUGAGGAGGCAGGCGCGUAGCGGAGACAACCACAUGCAGCGCAUGGAGCAGCAGGUCCAGCGUGCCGUUGAGGCAGCGAAGAACAAGCCCAAGAACAAGCAGCUCGUUAUCGAGGGAAGCUUGGGCAAGAUUUCGUUCAGCAACUCCAAGACACCAAAGCCGUUGCUCAACAUCAAGCGUAACGAGAACGAGCAUCGCCAAAAGGUGGUUAGCAGCAGUGACCGCAAGACUGUUUUGCGCGAUAUCGAGAACGUGUACAACACCUUGAUGCAAAUGGAGGAUCACGAUCGCCACCUUCCACCACCAUUGACUGAGGAUGUCGACCCAGCACUCGUUGGCCUCCACAUGGACUGGCAGGAGAAGACGCAGAAACUCAACAACAAACUCUGGCAGGACCUCAAGGUUCACGAGCCCAUUGGUGCAACCGCUACCCAUCCUUUUAUCGCAUUUUUAUCUUUCAGCAAGGGCAAGAAGGCCAUCCCACGAGUCUUCAGACACAUCACGCAGCAGCAGCGCACUACGAUUUUAACCAUGAUUGUUGUACAUUUGGAUCAGCUGGAUGUUGUUCGCCAGGCUUUGCUUGCACCGGGCGAGACGCAACUCACCUCGCAGAUUCGCGAGAACAUCGAGCUUUUCUCUCUGGCGGUUAUGCCGAGUCUGUUUGGAUUCUUGAACGAGGCUGGCUUGGAUAUUGUUGAUGCUCUGCUUGCCUUGAUUAUGGCUAAGACUAACAUCGAGAUUGAUGCUCGUACUCGCAUUGGUGUCAGCAUGUUGACUAUGCUUCUCAGUCGCGCUGAGCUUAUUAAGCAGGCCACCACUGUCGACGACCAAGAGUGGAACCACUGGCUCUCUACCUACAACUCUUUCUUCGACGUUAUCGAACCCACUCUUCCAUACAUCUUCCCCGGAACCGUGAACACCGGCGAAGACGUGUACGUUUGGCAGUUCCUCGCAGCGAUGGGCGUCGGAGCCAGCCCAGAGCAGCAACAGCGCCUCGUCAUGGCCGUCAAGGACCGCGUCAUGGAGACCGUCAACCUCGCCAAGACGCUCCCGCCCGCCAUGUCUAGCCAACGCCUGGCCAAUGUCAACCUUUUCAUGCGCUCAAUCGGGCUCGACGUUGACCUGCUCGUCUAAUCGAUGUCAAUAAACUUGGAAGGAGUUAUAUUUAUCAACGGCUUCGCUUCCAAUAGAGAGUGGUUACUGCGCACUUCUACUGGCUGUAGUGGAACCAGUAAAUCGGCCCCACGGCUUUUAUUACUUAGUGGCAUACCACUGGGCUAGGCAAACUGGCGCCACUUCUCUACUUUUCCUGCAUCUGCGAAUUUUCAAAGUUUUUUUUUGUUGUUCUUCUUUUUUCUCUCCGAUUUUAUUUUUGCUAGCGGCAUACAAAGCUCCAUAUCAUUUUCUCAUACAAAAUGUGCGGGCCACACAGGACGGGAUUUGUUUUCUUGAGAAAUAGGG